AUACCACGCUAAGCUGAUCUUGGCUUCGUGCUACGCCCAGCAUGUCCACCUCCGCCCCCGCCUCUGAGCCCGUCUCCACUCCAGGUCCACUAGACUACCCCGUGCCCCCCUCUCUCGCCGGCAGCACCACCACCGGCACUCUGCCCGCCUUUGACUCUCUCCCCCUCUACUACACCCGCUACCAUCCCCCACCCACCGUCCCCACUCGAGCAACCGUCGUCUAUCUCCAUGGAUUCGUAGAUCACAUGGGCCCUUACGCUCGUAUGCUCACCCUCUUUGCUGCUAGAGGUGUAGAGGCAAUUGCUUUUGAUCAGAGGGGAUUUGGGAAAACGGCUGCUGCUGGAAAAGGUGGAUUCAAGAAGAAUUAUACAGAUACGGAAUGGGCAUUGCAAUUUAGAGAUGCGAGGAGUGUGAUUGAAGAACAGAGUAGAUGGGUGGGAGAAAAGUAUGGAGAGGGAAAGAUCAAGUUGUUUGUUAUGGGACAUAGCAUGGGCGGUGGGAUUACUGCAGCCCUCUUUACUCGCUCACCAGACUCACCCGAAGGCAAACACCUCGCUGGCGUCACCUCCCUCGUAACAGGUGGGGCGGUCCUCUGGUCACCUUGGAUCACCCUAACCGUCCCUCCACCCUCUCUCCUCGUCUCCCUCUUAAAACUCGUACUCCGUGUUUGGCCAAGCGUCAAGUACGAUGCUGGACUAAAUGUCAAAGAAAUCACUAGAGAUCCAGAGGAACAACGACGCCUCGAUGAAGACGAAUAUGCUGAUCCUUGGACUAGGGUGAAGAGUAUUGCUGGACCACUUGAAGGAGGUCCAAAGAUUGUCACGGAUGGGUAUAGAUAUUUCAUGGCAAAUGAAGUACCCUUGUUGGCGCUACAUGGAGAGGAAGACAAGAUUACUAGUCCAGAGGGAAGUAAGAAGCUUGUACAGCUACUCAAGGAGGGAGGAGCAAAGGACGUCGAGUGGAAGGGAUACCCAAAGGCACUGCAUUCACUUAUGCUGGACAUUGAUGGGAUCCCGAAAGAUUCAAUCAAUUACGCAAUCGACUGGAUCCUAGCUCGAGCCUAGCUUUGCCUCAAGGCUGGAUCUAAGAAGAGACAGUCAUCACACUGCAAAGCGUGGUCAGUGACGAUUGGUCUUGCGCAUCUCGACCUGAGUGAGACCAAGGGACAAUUUCCAAAGGCUUGGCUUGCAGGCCACAUCCAUACAUCCAUACACUGUUUCCUUGCUUGCCUCGGGCCACUUUCAGCUUCCUGCUUCCGCCUCGACCCAUCUUAUACUUUCUCCCUCGCAAUCUCAUGUCUAUAUCCUUUUUGCCUUGUUGAUUCGGAGGAGAGAAAGCAAGACGGACGGACAGACAGGCCAGGAGAGAGAAGCGUGGGUGA